AUGUUGAAAAUUAAACAUUUCUGUCCGACGAAGUCGACAAUCUGCUUAUGUCGAAGAAUUCAAUUCUUCCCAACAGCAAUUUCUCAUGUAUCUACUACUUCCAUUCCGAAUCCAAACGGAAAUCAAAAGCAAGAAACGCGUCCAGAUUACCCGUUUCUUGAUACAAAGUUUAAUCAGUAUCAAAUCGCGUAUCGCUAUCGACAUACCAUCGAACUUCUUCGCGGUUAUUUUGUCUAUCGCUUAUUCUCAAUUAAUUUCCUUGUUAAUAAUCAAAACAAGAUUGCCUACUGGGGUCGUCGAAUUUUAGGCGAGAAAGUUUUUCACAAGGUUUUGAAAUUAACUGCCUUCGGCCAUUUUGUUGGUGGCGAAAGUCCACAAGAAAUUAUUCCGGUUAUAAAUAGAUUACAAAAAUAUCACGUUCAUCCAAUCCUAGAUUACAGUGUAGAAAGCGAUGAUACCAAUUCUACAGCAUCGUCGGAUCACGUUCAACGUAUGCACGAUGAUAACACUGCGAAGUUUAUUGAAUGUAUUAAGACUUCGCAUGAUAUAUGUGGUGCGAACAAUCUGAUUGCAAUUAAAGUUACUGCGUUGAUACGGCCGAGUGUAUUAAAAAAAUUGAAUACAGUGCUGCAAUCAAUAAACAAUCGAGAAGUGCUACCGGCGUUAUUUGAAAUCAUUAAUCAGGAUGAAACUAGUGGAAAAACAGUCACACGUUUGCAACAAUCUCUUCAAUUGCAGAAUACAACAGAUCAAAAGGAAAUUUCCUCGAGUGUUAGAUUCACAACGGAUGAACUGAAAGAAAUCUAUCAACUUCUAUUACGACUGAACAAAAUCGCUCAAGCAUGUGCACAGUACAAAAUUUCCAUUAUGGUCGAUGCCGAACAAACAUACUUUCAAAACGCGAUAAACUAUCUUGCUACUGAAUUACAACGAUAUUACAAUAAGAACAAUAUUCCUUUUAUCUACGGAACUUAUCAGUGUUACUUAAAAGAAACACUGAUUUGUUUAAAACGUGAUCUUGCUCUCGCGGAAAAGUAUAAUUAUAUCUUUGCCGCCAAACUUGUUCGCGGUGCGUAUAUGGAGCAAGAGCGUCGUUUAGCCCGAGAAAACAGUUAUGAAGAUCCGAUAAAUGCUAAUUUUGAGACAACAACACAGAUGUAUCAUGUGUGUUUCGACGAAGUCAUGAAAAGUACAGUUAAGCGUUCGCCAAACCAAGUUCGAGUCAUGGUUGCUUCACACAACGAAGACACCAUUCGUUAUGCUAUCACAAAAAUGAAAGAUUAUGAUAUUCGUCGUGGUUCAUCAAUUGUUUCGUUUGCAUCACUUUAUGGCAUGAGUGAUUAUGUCGCAUUUGCUUUAGCAAAUUCGGGAUAUAAGACAUACAAAUAUUUACCUUAUGGACCAAUUGAAGCUUUGCAACCCUACUUAUUUCGGCGUGCCCAGGAGAAUCGUGCGAUCUUUCAAAAAGCGGAUAAAGAUCGUCGUUUUCAUCUUCAAGCAUUCAAGGAUCGAAUCUUCAAAUCCACUAAUUAA